GGGAAAAUUCGCGCGGGGCGUGCUGGGAUGCGUGGUGAGGAAAAAGCGCGCCGGCUCUCCUUACUAAAUGGCGGCCUGUAAUUUGCCGCCUUCCGUGUGAUGGUUCCAUAUUAAGGGCCUAAUACAUCACAAAUGGGCUUUGGAGAGGCCGGACUAUAUGCACGGGGCAAAAUGGCGACGUUAAAGCUAAUAUUAGAGCGUUCCUGUAGGGACUCGAUCACUGGGCAAAAGGCUGAGAAUGGCGUGUGCAGAUCUAAUAGAAGAGCUGAACUGCUCCCUCUGUCUGGACAUUUACACUGAUCCUGUAAUGCUGCCGUGUGGCCAUAACUUCUGCCAAGGCUGCAUUAAGAGGGUGCUGGAUACCCAGGAGGGAUGUAGAGGUUAUUCCUGUCCGGAAUGCAGAGCUGAGUAUCAGGAGCGCCCUGUCCUGCAGAGGAACCGAACACUGGCCAAUAUAGCAGAGCGGUUCCUCUCUUCUCUGCUAAAGCCAAAGAAGACUGGAAUCCUUUGCAGUUACUGUGUCCUCUCUCCUGCACCUGCUGUUAAAUCCUGUCUGCACUGUGAGACCUCCCUGUGUGAUGUCCAUCUCACUGUUCACAACAUGUCAGUGGAACACAUCUUAACUGACCCCACCACUUCUUUCAGAAACAGAAAAUGUUCCACUCACAACAAGCUCCUGGAGUAUUACUGCUGUAAGGAUGGGGCCCCUAUCUGUGUGUCCUGCUGUCUGGCUGGAGAGCACAGGGGCCACAGGGUGGAGCUGCUGAGUGAGGCCUCUGAUAAGGAGAAAGAGAAACUGAGGAAUGUUCUGGAGAAAAUGAUCUCAGAGAGAGUGGAGACUGAGAGACGAGCCAAAAACACACAGAGAUGUACAAAAAAGAUUCAAGAAAAAACUGUAAGCCUAGAAGUGCAGAUUGCUGCCCUGUUUAGUGAUAUUAGGGAACAGCUUGAAUUUCUAGAAAAACGACUAAAGAUUGACCUCUCCUGGCAAAAUGUUAAGGUUUUACUCCAUGUCUCUGAUCUAAUGGAGCAGCUGGAAAAAAAGAAGGAUGAGCUGUCCAGUAAGAUCCAUCACAUUGAGGAGCUGUGCAACAUGGCAGAUCCACUCACUGUCCUACAGGAACGGGAAUCACAUGGAGCUGUAUUCUGUGGGGCUGAGGGGGAACAGAGCGAGAGUAAACAAAAUGAUGAAACUAACCUCAUUCCUGUAUUGGAUCUGGAUGUAGGUUUGAUCUUAGUGUCAUUAAGCACAGGCUUGCAUAGAUUUCUAAACAGUGUUAGAGUCAAUAGCAAGUUCUGUGCACAAGAGGCUUCAGGCAUGGUUCUCAGUAUAAACACAGCUAGUAACCAUGUGGCUGUGUCAGGGGAUGGGAAAACCGCAACGUGGACCGAAAUAAAUCAGAAUUAUCCCAAAACCCCAGAGAGAUUUAUUGUGUUUCCACAGGCUUUAAGCUCCAUAAGCUUUUCAUCAGGGCAGCAUUACUGGGAGGUGGAAGGAAGUGAAUCAGGAGGAUGGAGGGUUGGGGUGGCCUAUCCUUCCAUGGAAAGAAGAGGAGAACAUUCAAUCAGUGGAAAUAAUGCAAAGUCCUGGAGCCUGAGCAUGUAUAAUAGGGAAUAUUCAGUAAGACACAACAGAACGGUGACUAAGUUACCUGGCAAAUAUUCCAGCCAGAGGUUUGGGAUAUUCCUGGACUAUGACGCUGGACAUCUUUCUUUUUAUGAGCUGAAUAACCCAGUCAGACUCUUACACACCUUUACUGCAACCUUCACAGAGCCCCUGUGUCCUUCAUUCGUUGUAAACAGCAAUUCCUGGGUGAAAAUUAGGAACCAGUGAAAUGUACUAUUGGAAGAGAAAAUCAGACAAACAAAGUUUGGAAUGAUUUUCUGAAUAUGCAUGCUGCUUUGAUAUGUAUGGCUGCCUUAGGGAAAUAGAAUGAAAAAAGUAAUUCUAAAUGCUCAUUAAUGUCCUUUUUAAGGAUUGAAGCCCAAAAUUACCUCCCAUACUCAAGGUGAGGCCUUACCCGGGACCUAUAAAGAGGCAAAAUUAUGAUUCA